AUCAGCUGUUGUAGGUAAACAACCGCCACCGCAGCGAGAAAGGAAAGUAGAAAGUAGUGGACGAUUUAGAAUUGGAUGCUGAGAUUUUCGGAUCGAUUAUUUACGGGUAUUCGCACUCACCAUUCCUGGGAAUGGAAUUCCCUACGGGUAGUAAGUCGUAAGUGUCCCCUCGAGCAUUCCGUCGUCAGCGGGGAUUGUGGUGAAAGUACUUUGCGUGGAAAAAGUUGCAUCGAGCGAAAGCAGGCUUGGCUGAGAAUCUUGUGACACGCGUGAAGCGCCUGCUUGAUGCUGCGCCCCACGACGAACCGCCCGUUCUUUUGGCAGACUUCUUCGGGGGGCAGCACGAUGCUGGAAUUCAGCUUUACCCUCAUCAUCUCGGUGCUGGUCGGCCUGGGGCUGAUUUGGCUCGCUGGACGCUACUUUCUCAAGGAAGAUGUCGUCUACAUUUCCGACAAUUGCCGGCGCCACGCAUGGAAAUCAAUGAAGCUGCUGUCGCGCGCUUGUGUCUGCUCCGUGUGUGAUACAACGAUGGCCUCGAAUGGCCAUUUCUGUGAGAGUUGUGGCGUUUGCUCUGAUAAUGGUUGCGUGCGAAAGGCAGACGAACGGUUCGCGUGCAAGGAACUACGAAUCCGGACCCGUGCUGACGAUGGCUCGCCUGGUCGUCAUUUGUGGGUCAAGGGCAAUUUGCCACUCGGUGCCGAGUGUACCGUGUGCGCGGAAGAUAUCGAUCACACCUCCGAACUAGGACUGUACGGACAACGGUGCGCCUGGUGUCAACGGAUGGCACACGAUAAGUGUUUCAGCGAGAUCUCCACGACCCGCUGCGACUUCGGACGUUUUAAGGAGAUGAUCUUCCCGCCGAAAUGCAUUCAAGCAUCACGGAGCAAGGUUGCCCCGAAGGUGCAUCUUACGGGCAUCGUUCCCCCCGAGUGGAAAGAUAACUGGCGGCCAUUAAUCGUAGUUGCUAACUCUAAAUCGGGCAGCAGCGGAGCAGAUCGAGUUGUGGCUCUGAUGCGCGGUAUCCUCCAUCCUUUGCAAGUGUUCGAACUCGGCCAGCACGGUCCUCAAGAAGCAUUACAGUGGGCGAUUCAUGCUGCACCCACCCGCUGUCGAAUUCUGGUCGCAGGUGGUGAUGGAACCGUUGGCUGGGUACUGAACACCAUCCUGCAGAUGAAGGUGGAACCUCACCCGGAGGUUGCAAUUCUGCCACUCGGAACCGGCAAUGAUUUAUCGCGCGUGCUAGGUUGGGGUGCUGAAGGACCGGAUGAGUUCGAUCCAAAUGACUACUUAACACAAAUCGCGGAGGCAGAAACAGUUCAACUGGACCGGUGGUUAGCUGAAAUUACCACUCACUCGACCCUGGCCCGGUUCCACGUGCCUCGGUUUAAUCAGCCGCGCAACUUUUACGUCUACAAUUACCUCAGUGUCGGUGUCGACGCUCUGGUGACGCUCAAUUUCCAUAAAGCGCGUGAGAGCUCCUUCUACUUCUACAGCAGCCGCUUCGUUAACAAACUCUUGUACUUAUGCUUCGGAACACAACAAGUGGUGCAACAGGAUUGUGUGGAGUUGGAAAAGAAUCUCGAACUAUAUCUGGAUGGUGUACGGAUCGACUUACCGCAGCUGCAAUCGGUCGUGGUACUGAACAUCGAUUCAUGGGGUGCUGGUGUAAAACUAUGGGAAAUGAGCAAAAACUCUCCAACUCAUAGCAUUAUGAAGGAGAUACACAGCAUUUCUGACGGUAUUCUCGAGGUAUUCGGUGUCGUUUCGUCGUUUCAUAUCGCCCAACUGCAAGUUGGUCUGAGUAAGCCGGUGCGGUUGGGUCAAGCUAAAAGUGUACGGAUUGUCCUUAAACGAACACUACCAAUGCAAGCCGACGGUGAACCGUGGAUGCAGUCACCCUGUGAUAUCAAUAUACAGCACUACGGUCAGGCAACGAUGCUGAGAAACGUUAAGAAGUGAUCGAGCCAUGUGCUCUUCCGGAACGAAGUAACCAUUGCAUUGUAGUAAACCGCGCCAGAAAGAAGCCAAAGCUAUUUAUCCUUCCACCGCUAAGUUUUUGUGUAAUAGUGUUUCGGUGUGUAACCUGUGUCAAAGGCAUUCAAUCGCUCAAUUGAACACAUUUUUCGUUCAAUUACAUGUCGGUGUGUGCUCGGGGAAUUGACACGAAAUCUCGAAAUUGGAAAUUGCCAGUAGAGUUACGCUUUAUGCACCAUAAGAAUCUCUUAACGUUUUUGAGGGAACUAAUAUUAUUCUUUUAGAGUGCUAAUAUCAUGGGAACAAAAUCCAAAUCCCGUUCUUUUGGGUCGUGAGUUCUAAUAAUCUUCUGUAAGAAAAUGUAUUUUACUUGUCAAUCUCUGAUAGCGUCAUGAAAGCUCUCACCUGAAAAACCUGCAGGAAAUGGGAAGCGAAUCUCUGUUUUAGAUUGUAAAGGUUAACGGGUUUUGCUUUAAAACAAAAAAUCAUAACAUCUCCGCCUCUGACAACGUGAUUAUUGUUUCUGAUGUUGCAAAGAAGCGCGAUAACAACGUCGGUCAGAGAUGAGAGGCUGAUAACUGGUGUGCAUGGCAUAUCAGCCACGAAUGUCUACCGGGGCACGUGGGCAACUACUUGGAUACGCUUGAGUUAAAUCCCGGUUUUCGCAGUACGGGUUAAGGUUCGCUACUUCAUAUUUCCAUACAGCAAUGAAAGCAGUUACUUAAAAGGUGAUUACGAA